UCCCCCUUCCUCCCCCUCCCUCCUCCUCCCCGCCGGCUUCGGUGCGCGUACUUAAAGCGGCGCGGGCGGGCGCGGGCUGGCGGCCCAGCCGGGCGGUGGCAGAUGCACCCAGCAGUGGCAGCCGCCGGCGGCGCACAGGUGACCGGCCGGAGGCUCAGCCAGGUCGGGAAGCGCCCGGGGAGUGCUGGCUGGAGCGAGAGACUGAUCCGCCCCCAGCGCUCGCGUGUCUCGGCGCCAGGAGCCGUCCCGGGGCGUGUUGGCGAGAGCUGAUAUAGAUAUAAGGACAUUUCUCUCCAUGGCGUCACGUGACAUAAUUACCACCAGAAUCAAUCAAGAUGAAUUGCACGUCAGCGCCCGGUGGGGAUUUUUGCUUAGUUGAUCCUGGCCCAAGCCUCUUGUGCAAUCGAUGGCUCAGGUUGGCGGCGCGGGGAGCGGCCCGGGGCUCGCCGGCGCGCACGCCGCGGAGCCAUGAACGACUUUGAUGAGUGCGGCCCGAGCGCAGCCAGCAUGUACCUGCCCGGCUGCGCCUACUAUGUGGCCCCGUCGGACUUCGCCAGCAAGCCGUCGUUCCUAUCGCAACCGUCGUCCUGCCAGAUGACUUUCCCCUACUCUUCCAACCUGGCGCCGCACGUCCAGCCCGUGCGCGAAGUGGCCUUCCGCGACUACGGCCUGGAGCGCGCCAAGUGGCCGUACCGCGGCGGCGGCGGCGGCGGCGCGGGGGGCGGCGGCGGCGGGGGCGGCCCCGGCGGGGGCGGCGGCGGCGGCGCCGGGGGCUACGCUCCCUACUACGCGGCGGCAGCUGCGGCCGCGGCAGCGGCGGCGGCGGCGGAGGAGGCGGCCAUGCAGCGCGAGCUGCUGCCUCCCGCGGGUCGCCGGCCGGACGUGCUCUUCAAGGCGCCGGAGCCGGUGUGCGCCGCUCCCGGGCCGCCACACGGCCCCGCGGGCGCCGCCUCCAACUUCUACAGCGCCGUGGGCCGAAAUGGCAUCCUGCCGCAGGGUUUUGAUCAGUUCUACGAGGCUGCGCCCGGGCCCCCGUUCGCAGGGCCGCAGCCCCCUCCACCUCCUGCGCCGCCGCAGCCCGAGGGCGCUGCCGACAAGGGCGACCCCAAGACGGGGGCCGGUGGCGGCGGGGGAAGUCCCUGCGCCAAGGCGACCCCGGGCUCCGAGCCCAAGGGGGCGGCAGAAGGCGGCGGCGGCGAUGGCGAGGGGCCCCCGGGGGAGGCGGGGGCUGAGAAGAGUGGCGGCACAGUGGCCCCCCAGCGGUCCCGGAAAAAGCGCUGUCCCUACACCAAGUACCAGAUCCGCGAACUGGAACGCGAGUUUUUCUUUAACGUGUACAUAAACAAAGAGAAAAGACUCCAACUCUCUCGGAUGCUCAACCUCACUGACCGGCAAGUCAAAAUCUGGUUCCAGAAUCGCAGAAUGAAAGAAAAGAAACUGAACAGAGACCGUCUGCAGUAUUUCACUGGAAACCCCUUAUUUUGAGAGCUCCAGGAAGCACCCCUC